AUGAUCGGCACAAAAUUAAGAGCAUGUUAUUCUACAGUCAAUGGUCUGAUGGCUUGGAGGGUGAUCGUCGGCAGAUUGUUAUCCUGCAGUGAAUAUUUUGACGGUAUUGAAGAUGAUCGGUAUAAAUCUAAGAUAAAGUAUGAUGAUCUACAGUUAUGGUCUGAUGGCUUGGAGUAUCAUCGUCAGAAGAUUAACACGAGUGUUUUUUUGAGCGAAUGUUGUCCUGCAGUGAAUAGUUUGACGAGCAUGUCGUUCGACAGUCAAUGGUCUGAUGGCUUGGUGGGGGAUCGUCGGAAGAUUGUUAAGACGAAUGUUUUUUCUUUGGAGAGCAUGAUGUCCUACGUUUACGGUCUGAUGGAUUGGAGCAAUGAAAAAUUAUUUUCAGAGCAUGAAUUACAUUUACGGUCUGAUGGCUUGGAGUAA